AUGCGCUUGAGCUAUAAACGUGACGUAGAAGGCGCGAAAACGACCACCGAAGACGGGAAAUACGUUCCACUCUAUGUGGUCCAUGUCAAAUCCACAUCCAACAACACCAUCAUCUCACUGCACGCUCCUAGUACACCUCGAUUACAUACAAUUGCUCGUGCAGAAGUCGUCCUGCCAGGCGCGAAACCAAGACCUAGCGAAGCAGCAGCUGCACAGGCGUUUUCAGUGAAUAGCAAUCCCGAUGCCGAACCCACCUCAGAGUCGAUUGAACGCACAGAGGAGACUCAAUUCGCCGUCAUGGCGAGUCAAGUGCCUCUUGCAAUGACCGCGAACAGGUGUAUUGGCUGGGCGUCUGGUGGCUCUUGUCAUUACAAAAAGGUGAACCGGAGUACGUACGAAGCUGGGUACGCCGCAUCGAUUCGAAUCAUACGCAGGAUUGAGGAAGCAUUCCGAUUUAUUACUGCUGGAGGUAGAAUAGAGGACAUUGCACCCAUGAAGGAAGGAAAGAAGGAUGAGGAGAAGAGCGAAGCGCCCCUGCAUGGGGGUAAAGGGGCUCAAAAUACGAUGAGAAUCCGUGUCGUAUACACAGGCUUUGGCAUUGGAAGAGAUGCAUUCAAUGCUGCGGUCCUGAGUGGGGAAGGAAACUUUGUGCGAGGUCUCAUUGCCCAGGUACAGGACAAGACACCAAUAAAAAUCGGAGGAUGCAGGGCUAGAAAGGCGCGACGUGUUUGA